UUUUUACGAAGCUUAUAAUUACAUUUUGGGUGCUCAUUUGUGAUGCUGCAAAGCUGUUUGAUGUUUUUUUCUUCUUAGUCUGUUCCAUCUAAUUACUGUGUGCAUGCUGGGAUUACGUCGGGCACCGUGUGAACUGUUACAUAACCCAGAUAUAACAUAAAACCCAUGUGGAGAGGAGCUGCCUGCAGCGUACUAGCCACGCCCCCCCUUGCGACGUCACAGCUUCCGUUUGCUGCUUUCCUGGUUGCCACGACGACCGCGUUGCAGUUCGUCUCUAAAGGCAUUCACCGCUUCCUCCACUGCUGCUCUACAAAACUCUGUCAAGCAGAUAAAAAGUAGACUACCAAGACAGACCUUUGUGUGAGUGGUGAUUGCUGAUAAUGGGAAUAUCAAUUCAAAGCCGUUUAAAAUGUAACAGAGAUUCAACUUGCUUUCUUUUAAUCUAACUGCGUCAUGGUGUCUGUAAAAGAAGAAGACCUCACAGCUGUAAAUGGAGCACGCAGGGACUUUUCAACGCAGGAGGACACAGUUUGGGAGACUAACGCGGCAGUAGAAAGGAGAAUUGUUGAUUCCCUUCUAGAUAUUAGCGAGGAGAGUGUCCUGAAAGAACUGGAGCCACAUGAGUAUCACUGUUACUCUGGUUGGGAAGAAGCUGCUUGUGGUUGGGCCCGAGCUGCUCCGCUGAGCUGCAUACUGUUGAAUCAGAAGACACACAAGAAACCAAAGCAGAAAGAGGCUGACAAUCCGACCCCUUUGCUUGUUGACCCAACCCCUUCUAAUGCUGACAGCUCCUCUAGCAUCACGGAGAAGCGUGGUGAGCCUCUUGUAGGCCUGCAUAGCUCUAGGAAAUUAAACCCACGGACAGGAUUUUGGAGUCCAGCGAUGGUGACAGCUCAGCAGCCAGAUGAUGCAAAAUGGUCUGCUCUCAACGUCAUGCAGAGAAACAUAGCACAUCUCUCCCUUGAGGAAAAUAUCGUGGAAGAAGGGACGCUACGAGAGCCUCCACUGCAGCCUCGCCAUCUGCCUUCAAAAUAUUCUAUGUCAAUGAACAGGACCACGAAGCCUCAGAAACACAGCCAUAGGCCCAAUAAUAUAGUAGUUCCCAUCAAAAACUUCACAUUUUUACCACCUAUCAAUUCACCUCAUCUGAACAACAAACCCAGUGGCUAUCCCUGCAGAAGCAAGAGGGCUCCGGAAGGGGAAACCUUAGAGGAAAACUGUUUUGUGUUGGAUAAGAAGAGUGGUGGAACAAGAAGAGUGCACAUAGACCCUCCCAUUUACUCUGCAGCUCUGACCUCCAAGUACCAGACAUGUCAGCAUAAGACAACCCUCAGUUCCUCUCUGCUGUGAGUGUUUCUGUCCCCAACAGGUAUCAAGUACCUAUGUCUCCUAAACCUGACACAGUGCACCGUACCAGCUACUCAAUGGGCAAGAGCCUGUCACAGGCAAUCACACAACCUCAUAUGCACCCCGGCUGCCUGUUCUCUUGAGGAACAGAAGUGUGUGUGCUGUCAAGCUGUAUGAAGCCUGUGAAAUAAAUGGCUAACAUGGCCGACGAUGACAUUAAAAUGUGCAAUAAUUUUAAAUUCUCAAGUUCAGCCAUGAGAAAAUGACCUGUUUUAUCAUAUUUUAUAUAAUAUGUACUUCCGGCUCACCCUGUUGUAACAAUGUCUCCAUCAAAAUAGUCACUUGUAGGAAAAAAAUGUAUACAGUUAUGAAGCAUGUUGCAGUGGUAGGUCAGUGAACAAAACAAUGAAACGUUAACCUCGAUAUUGAUCAUUAUUUUAUUUCGACCUCUUCUCUCAGGCACUUUUGCAGCUGUUACCUAGCAACAAUGCUGCUACCCCAUAAGAAGUAUGGCUGUGUCUGCCCUGCACUUUCUGCUUUUUAAAAGUCCACUAAAAUUCUAGCUCUCUGAACUCUUCUAUACAUGAUAUAAACACUGGCCAAACUGCUGCAGCUGCUCAGUAUAUUCUCACUUCCAUAUCAGUCAAUAAGUGAUUCCUGGUGAAUGUGGGUGAGGUCUGGGUUAUGCACCGCAUAAGUAUUAACAAAACAGUAUUACGCAGAGAAUAUACUGAGUCUAAAUAUACUGUGUGUGUUGUUGAAAGACAAGCAAGCUGCUGCAAUAGUUUCAUUUGGGGCGAUCUUUUCUUUAUUAUACUACUUUUGGUGUUUAUUCUGUAAGAGCUACUGUGUUCACAUACCAAACAUCUGUCUUUCCUGAAUGUGUAUGUUAAAUAAAAUGACUUGAAACUGG